UCACUAAUUUUUCGAAAUUAAAAAGUAUGGUCUUGUCUAUGGAAUCACAGAACGGAAUCUUGUAAAAGAUUAGGCCAUUUCAUAAAACAAAUGUAUAGUAACUCGCAGAAAAUAUCUUCGGGACAGUUGUAUUUAUUUCAGCUUUGCAUUUUGCUUUAAAUUGAAUUGUAAACCGCAUUGUAGGUCCUUUGGAAAGGAUUAAUCUUCGACUCUAGCGGAAGGGUUAGCAGUCUCGAUUCUGCAAUAGAAAAAGAUUUGCACUGAGAGAAGACGUAAGGUUGCAGUUGAUACUUGUGUAGCGUAAGCUGACAUUAGUGUAAGGUGGAGGCGACUGAACUAUUGGCUGCUGGGGCUAGGAUGUCAGUACUGAAUCAGAGUGGAGAGGAGCAGGUGGAAUGUCCCCUGUGUAUGGAACCCCUGGAGGUGGACGAUCUCCACUUCUACCCGUGCACAUGUGGAUACCAAAUAUGCCGGUUUUGCUGGAACCGUAUCCGGGAAGGCGAGAACGGCCUGUGUCCGGCGUGUCGCAAGGCGUACCCGGAGAACCCCGCAGACUUCACUCCACUCAGUCAAGAGCAGGUGGCCGCAAUAAAGACGGAGAAGAAGGCGCGCGAGCAGAAGCGACGCAACAAGACGCUGGAGUCGCGGCGCGCGCUCGCCAACGUGCGCGUCGUGCAGAACAACCUCGUGUUCGUCGUCGGACUGCCGGUGCGGCUCGCGGACCCAGAGAUUCUAAAGCGGCAAGAGUACUUUGGCAAAUAUGGAAAAAUACACAAAGUAGUUAUAAACCAAAGUACAGCAUAUGCAGGCUCACAGGGUCCGUCGGCGUCUGCGUACGUGACGUACGUGACGUCAGCGGACGCGCUGCGGGCCAUCCAGGGCGUGAACAACGUGACGCUGGACGGGCGCGUGCUGAAGGGCUCGCUCGGCACCACCAAGUACUGCGCCAACUUCAUGAAGAACCAGCCCUGCCCCAAGUCAGACUGCAUGUAUUUACACGAACUAGGUGAUCCAAACGCAUCGUUCACUAAGGAGGAGAUGCACGCGGGCCUGCACCAGGUGUACGAGCGGCGGCUGCACAACCAGCUGUUGCAGGCGCAGCGCGACAAGCCCGACGACAAGAACUGCCAUAGCACAGGUAAUUCUAGUACGAAUGCAGAAAAAGGCAGUUCUAAAGAUGGUAAUCCGUCAAACACAACACCGACACCGAUGGUCACAUCGUCAAAUAUAAACAUAGUCACUACGUCUAAAUCGAAAAAAGAAACGGCAAAUAGUAAUGGUAAAGAGUACGGCAGCAACGGCAACAGCAAAGAGGCGUGGCCGAGCCUCGGCUCCUCCCCUCCCGCAGACAGCCCCGCCCGCAAACAGACCAGCCCCAAACCACACCAUUCUACAGUUAAAUUACAAGAAAACGGCACGUCAGAAUCAUCCAGUCCGACACAGCAACAAAUACAACAGUCUCAAACGAAACACAACAAAGAAAAUCACACGGAAACAAAAACGAACAGAACCCACAAAGAAAUGACAAACGGCCAAAGCAAGAAGAGUAAAUCAGAAAACAAAAACAAACAAAAGAACAAUAACAAUAGCAAUAGCAACAGCAACAGCAACAGCAACAGCAACAGCAACAGUACCAGCAGCAGUAACAGCAAUAGCAUUAGUCAAGAAGUAACAGAAGAGCCAGCGGAAAGUACACAAGUAUUCAAUAGCACAGAAAACCACAGUUCAGUGUUCGAAAGUGAUACACAACAAAGUUACCUCACAAACGAACUAGACGAAUUAGAAUCUGACAGACAUAGCCUGUUAGAAAACCAUGAUUUAUUAGACAACAGUGAUCACAGUCUCUUAGACGAUGAUAAUACACAUAACCUUCUAAAUGAUGCUAAUAAUGUUGUAGUAAUGAUGCAAACUCAUAGAGAAAUGCUCGCAGGACUAGUCGAUAAUAAUCACAUACUAGCACACAAUAUGAAGUCACCUCUAGCUAAUGGCUAUGGGUUAUUAGACAGGGAGGUUAACUAUUUAGGUAAUGACAGACAAAUUAGCCAAAUUAACCACGGUAUCAUGGAACAGAAUGAAAUGAUGCUCCACGAACAGAGGAACCAUAAUGAAAUGCUCAUGAGAAAUGAAAUAUUGGCCCGGCAUAAUGCAAUGGUUGAACAAAAACAUUAUAUGCCCACCUCUAGUAUAGGACUCGAGACUGCUAGUGAAUUAUUAGGUGCUAAUUUCCAUCAAAAUCACAAUAUGCUUCCACCGUUCGGUAUGCGUAUAGACAACUCAAUGGGCAGCGGCAAUUCAAUAUCUAACUCUCUAUCGAAUAACUCCGUGAACAACUACAUGCUGCAGCACCAGCAGAUGUUGCAGAACCAGCAACAGAUGCCGCAGAAUAACCUCGUCAAUGGAUUUGAUACGCCACAAUCUGCGAGCGAAGGACGCUACUUGGCGGAGAACAUGGACAAGUUCUUCACGGACUUCCACAAGGCGCAGCAGCUGCGGCAGAUGUCGCGGGAGGCGGAGGAGCGGCGGUACGCGCUCGCCGCGCCGCACUACCCGCACAACAUGCUCAGUGCAGAGCGGCUGGAGAUGGAACACAAGCAAAGGAUGAGCUCUUUGCGCGGCGCUGCGGGUGAGAACUGCGGAGGUCGUGCGGCGGGCGACGGCGAUGAUGACCUCGACUUCGACCCCUUCAAGGAGACGCAGAAAGCGCUAGCAGAGAUGAUGGAAACUGAAAUGAUGCUCAACACCAUCUCUAGCGGAGACAAUAUGGAGCGUGUACAUCGCGCGCGCAUCGCACCGCCCCCCGGCUUCGGACACCUUAACGCAUUCGGUAUGGGCGUGCCGCCCCACCACCAGCAGCACCAAGGUUACAACUCGAACAGCACACAGAACGUGUUCUCGGAUUGGACGCAGAUGGACCCCGCGAUAAUGUCCACCUCAGUCAGCUUCGGCAAGCAGGGCCACGCCCAGCCACACCCGCAGCCUCACGCCCAGCCCCACUCCCAGUCUCACCCCCAGCCCCACGCCCCACCACAUGCCCAACCCCACCCCCCACCUCAUGCCCAGCCACACGCCCAGCCUCACUCUCAGCCUGGCCUCACACCACAACAGCAGGAGCUCUUCGCAAGGUUCAACCAGCUCAACGUGCAGCCCAACGGCAUCUCCAAACACCAGAUGUCAGCGGGCGCGGGGGGUGCCGGGAGCGCGGCGGGCGCGCAGUGGGGCGGCGGCAAGCUGUGGGGCGCGUACAGCAUGCCCAUCCCGCCGGGGUUCGCGCCGCCGCCCGCGCCGCAACACCCCGCGGAGUGCAUCGACGCCAAGUAGCCGCCCUCGCCCCAUCUCCCUCUCCCUCUCGCAGCGGAUAUUAUAUUUUCUAUCAAUUAAAACAAUUUAUCUCUAUUCUUCCGUUGGUGACGUGAUCGAUAAAUCUUUGUAAUAAGAGAGCAUAUUUUAAACGAGAGAAAUAUGAUAACAAAAAGGAAUUUGUAAAAUAAAUUAACCUAUUUGUUUUAUUUAAAAAGAUGUUGAUUUUUUCUUUAUUUUUUUAUGUCUUCGCAAUGUCGACCGGACGCGGCCCGCGGUGACCGCGUCUCAAAUAUCUUAGUAAUGUUUCGUUUCACAAAAUAUAUGUAUAUUCGUUGUAUUAUAACUUAGUCUCAUAUCCCUGUUAAAAUGAAAUUAUUUUUUGUAUAUAUAAAUGAAAUGCCAAUAAUGCGGUUCCAUUUUGUACCUUAUUGAGCCAUUAUCAAUGAACAUUAUUAAAAUUGAGGAAUUAUUA